GUUGCGUAGUUGAUACGUCGUCGAACUCAGAAAUACGCUAGUUAACUAGUUUAGAUGCCUUUAUGCAUGGUCGAUCUGUUAUUGUCGUGAACAAGUCAUUUUCACCGAUGUGAAAUAGUCCGUAUGGAAAUAUUUUGGGUGUCAUUGUUGACUGCAGCGCCUAGUGGCUAGUGCAAUGAGUGCAAUCAUUGCUAUGCCACAAUAUGCCUCUGAAAGCGAAGAUCAGAGCGAUGAGAUCGAUAUUCCCUGUUGGAUGUACGACGAAUUUAAUGUUGACGGAAACUCGACUGAGAGGGCAAUUUCAAAUGAACUUUCGUUUACAACAGAGACUGUAGUGAGAAGACUGUAUUAUCUUGCUCGUAUGAUGCACAACUCUCUGACAAGUGCCGGUGUAUUGUAUUGGACAAGCGGUGGAACUUUGCUUGGUUGUGUGCGCCAUCAAGGACUGAUUCCGUGGGAUGACGAUCUCGAUCUGUGUAUUUAUCAGAAGGACGAGGGUAAGAUUACCUGUCUGAAACGUUUCCUAAACGAUAAUGGAUGUGAGUUAAUCGAAGUGCCGAUAUUCGGUUAUCGAGUCUUUCACAAGUUCGACUCAGAAAGUCUGCCUGGUGAAUAUCACAAUCACCGGUAUCCCUUCUGCGAUAUUUUUGUGAUGAAAAGACAGCGACAGCUGAUCUCUGUUAUAGCGAACGGUUGUGGGAGGUCACUGUGGCCAGAAGAGUAUUAUUAUAAUAAGGAUAUCGAUAAUAUUCAACCGAAGUUGUUUGGUGAUAUAUUUCUCAACUGUCCGGCAAAUGCCGACGAGUAUCUCGAGCGUACCUACGGGGAAUCUUGGUACACAGAGGGAUCGACGCACAGUUAUGAUCACGCCAGUAAACAGUCUGUUAAACCUGUUAAGUUCAAAAUGCAACCAGAGCACUAUGAACCCGCAAGGCCCUACAAAUGACAAUUAGGGUAUUAACAAUAUUGCAUGUGAUAUAAACCUAAAGUAAUUUACUUCUUUGAGCUGAUUUCAGGAUUUGGUUUUCAUAAUUUCAUCUAUAAUUUUCGUGAACAAGUCAUUUCCACGUUUCACCGAUGAUAAACAAUCCUGAUGGACUGUUCUGAUAGACCUUCUCUUUACUAUCUGUGAAUAAAUUAUCAUUAAGUGCAAACAACUCUGUGCAAACAAGUUGUAAUACUCUAACCUAAUACCUAAACAAAAAGCCAGACCUUGCCGGGAUGUAUUCAACUGUAGAUUCGUCGUCGUGUUCGUUUUGCGUGUGCAUGCCAAAAAAAUGACUUGAGUUCUUCAAAGAAAUCAUCGUCUGUAGCAGGCUUUUGCACUUACAUAUAGGAUAAUAAUAACCGCGGAUAUGAGGUCUUGAAUUUCAAUGAAAGGUUAUUAUGUUGUUUAUUCGCAUACAACGCCUAUUUCGUUUGUUGUCAUGAGGCUUUGAACUAUAACGAAGCUUUCAUUUGAAAUUCAAGACUUAUACUGGGUUUCAAAUUUUAAGUUCAAAAUCUGGAAUGGGUUGUUACUCAGUCCUGUUCUCCCCUGUUGGUAUUCAAAAGACGCCACCAAAAGUUCAAAUUUUAUAUUAAUAAAAAAUAUUCAAAUGACAGACAGUAAGCCC